AUGAAAAAUAAUCCAUGGAAUUAUGAAGAAAUUUGGUUAGCCAUUGAACAACAUGAUCGACAUUAUGCUAAUAUAUUUGUUUCGAAUGAUUUUCGAACAAAUCAGAAUGGAUGUUUAAUAUUAAUUCAAGGUUUAAGUGUUGUACGUGCUGGUCAAUGGUCACGUGCUUGUUGUAUCAAUGAGUCACUUGAUAUCGGAGCUAUGUUUCCUUACGUGACGAAAGCAAAAGAACACAAUUUAUCUGUCAUAAUUUUAAAUCGAAAUCAAACAAGUUACAUUGACAAAGAAACAUAUUCGAAUCAUGAAGAUACCAAAGCUUCUUCUGAGAAUCUCCAUUCAUUUUAUUUAUCACCAGAUUCACUUCCUCUUUUAUCAUCUACUAAGCCCGUAUCAAAUUUAUCGACGAGCUAUGAACAUUUUCUAUACGUUUAUGAUAACAUAAUUGCAAAAAUGUCACCAACGGAAAAAUUCUAUAUUGUUGCUCAUUCAGCUGGUGGUGAUAAUCUUACAUACUUAUUACGUCAACGGCAAGAUUGUAUUCUAUCCAAACUAUCAAAAAUAGUUUUUAUCGAUGCUUUUCAUGCAAUAAUAUCAUCCGAUACCGAUGAAAUUAAAAAAUUUUUCCAAUAUAACGCUCUUCAUUUUAUUGCUAGUGAUAAACCGAUGGGAGAAUCAAUUCAUUUUUCACAAAAACCUUUUUGUUCUGAAGUAUCUGCCCAGUCAUUCAAAACAUGA